AUGGGGCAAACCUCAGCAGAAGGUAAUCUCGAUGAGGCAACCUUGCAAUGCCUCAUCGAGAUGAUUGACGAGAAUAACUGUUUGGCUAAGGUUUUUCGACGGGCACGUGACUAUUACGAAAGCGUCGGCAAAGAGUUUAGGAUUAAGUUGCUACCAGAUAAAGGAAAAGGGAGAGAAUACGAUCUUCCGGUUGCAGACGAGGUCGCAGGCCUUAUUGUAGGGGAUAUGUUGUCAACAAUCGGAGUACGAGAUAUAGUGGUCCAAUUCCAAUCUGACACUUUGCAGCAGAUACGUGAUGAUCACCCUCUAUAUAUGAGCCUACAAUAUCCUCUUUUGUUUCCAUAUGGUGAGUAUGGUUUCCACCCCGAGAUCCCAUUACAUCUUGAGACAGGCACUUCAAGAACAAGGCAAUUCCUGACCAUCCGCCAGUUCUAUGCUGCUCAAAUACAGAUCCGUCUUAAGCAAGGGCUGACAUUGAUUAAGGGCGAUCGUCUACUCCAUCAGUAUAUUGUUGAUAUUUAUACAGCAAUUGAGGAAGAUCGACUAAGGUGGGCAAGGAAUAAUCAAGAUAUUCUGAGAGCUGAGCUUUACAAUAAUGUACUCGACGCUGUUUGCAAGGGUGAUACAGAUGCUAAAAUUAUUGGUCAGAGGUUCAUACUGCCACCAAGUUUCACCGGGGGACCCAGAUACUUAGUUGAGAAAUACCAUGAUGCAAUGGCUAUUUGCAGAGAAUAUGGGAAUCCAGAUUUGUUUAUUACGAUGACGGCCAAUCCGAACUGGAAAGAGAUUAAAGAGCAUCUUGCGAAAUACGGUGGAGAAUCUCCCAACGAUAGACCAGACAUCGAAUGUCGGGUCUUUAAGAUGAAGUUGGACCAGCUACUCAAGGAUUUCAAAAAAGGUACUUACUUCAAGCCAUACACAGCUGCUCUACACAGGAUAGAGUUUCAGAAAAGAGGACUCCCUCAUGCACAUAUACUAUUGUGGUUUGGAAACUCUUCCAGAACACCAAGUGCAGAGGAAGUAGAUGAGAUUAUCUCAGCUGAGCUUCCCAACAAGGAAGAAGACCCAGAAGGUUACAAUUUAGUAACAAAACACAUGAUUCAUGGUCCAUGUGGUCUUAUUAAUCCAAAGUCACCAUGUAUGGAGAAUAAUGUGUGCACGAAAAAGUUUCCUCGGGCGUAUAAUAACAAUACUUUGAUUGACAAAUCAGGGUAUGUAUUGUAUCGUCGGCGCCAGAACGAAAAUGCAUCUGCAUUAAAAGAUGGAACAAUCGUAAACAACAAUUUUGUUGUACCUCAUAACAUUAACCUCUUGAAGAAGUACAAAGCACAUAUUAAUGUUGAAUGGUGUAAUCGGACAAGUGCCGUGAAGUACUUAUUCAAGUACAUAACCAAGGGUAUUGACAGAGCUUCUGCAGUUAUUGAACAGGGAAAUACGGGAGCUUUAUCCACAGGGGCCUCUGGUGAACCAAAGGAAAGAGUUAUCAAGCAACGGAAUGAGAUCCAAGAAUUCAUCGAUGCACGAUACUUAUCCGCUUGUGAAGGUAUGUGGCGGACGUUUGCAUUCCACAUACACAAAAGGAAGCCAUCAGUUGAGAAGCUUAUCAUCCACUUAGAAGGUGAACAUAACAUCACUGUUAAGGAAACUGAUAACCUCGGGCGUGUAGUCCGCAAGCCAGGUAUCGAGAAGACGAUGUUCACUGAAUGGAUGGUCCUAUGCAGAAGAUCAGCAUUUGCACGGACAUUAACUUAUGUGCAAAUUCCGCAAUAUUUCGUGUGGAACAACAGUAGCAAAGUCUGGACUGAACGUAAGAAAGGAAAAGCAAUUGGGAGAAUCGUAGCUGUCCACCCAUCGUCAGGCGAUCGUUACUACCUAAGGAUUCUCAUAAAUAAGAUUAAGGGUCCUCGAAGUUAUGACGAGCUCAAAACGUUUAACGAUGUUAAAUACCCAGAUUUUAAAUCGGUUUGCUACGCAUGA